AGAGGAGAGGCGGGAGGAGGGGGAAUUACUGGAUCAUUUCCACAGUGUGCUAAAGUUCACUUGGCGAGGCGGGACAAAAGGAAAAAGAAGCUCCUUGGACGACGACGACGACGACGACAACCGAGUGGCGAUGUUGACGGACGAGCGUCAUUACGCACGGGAGGACUUCCAAGAAGACGACGCGUUCAAAAGGACAGAAGUAGAACGAGUCAAACUGCAUCGUUAUCGACUUGUGUAGUGGACAACAGUGACUGGCACGACAACAAGCCAAAGAAAUGCGCGUGAUGGCGGUGAGGAAAGCGGAAGUCCGUCGGCGCAUCGUGUCCAAAGACGGCCACAACAACGUGCGCAUCAACAACGUGGAGGGCAUGGUCAAGCUGUACCUGCACGACAUCUGGACCACGGUGGUGGACAUGAAGUGGCGCUACAAGCUCACCCUGUUCGCCUCCACCUUCAUCAUGACGUGGUUCAUCUUCGGCGUGUUCUUCUACUUGAUCAGCAUGGGCAACGGCGACUUUGAGGCCACCCUCAGCUCCAACCACACUCCCUGCCUGGAGAACGUCAAGACCUUCACGGGGGCCUUCCUCUUCUCUCUGGAGUCGCAGACCACCAUCGGUUACGGCUUCCGCUACAUCACCGAGGACUGCCCGCUGGCCAUCUUCACGUUGGUGGCCCAGCUGGUCAUCACCGGGCUGGCCGAGAUCUUCGUCACGGGGGCCUUCCUGGCCAAGUUGGCGCGUCCCAAGAAGCGAGCCGAGACCAUCAAGUUCAGCCGCUGCGCGGUGGUGUGCCGCCGGCAGGGGCAACUCUGCCUCAUGAUUCAGGUCGCCAACAUGCGCAAGAGUCCGCUCAUCCAGUGCCAGCUCACCGGCAAGCUCUUCCACGCCAACGUCACCCAAGAGGGCGAGAAGACCCAAGUCCACCAGACUUCGGUGAACUUCUUCGUGGACUCCAGCAGCGAGUGCCCGUUCCUCAUCCUCCCGCUCACUUUCUACCACAUCCUGGAUGAGCGCAGCCCCUUGGCCGGGCUCAGCGCCGAAAAUCUGCACAGCCGCGAGAUGGAGCUGCUGGUGACGCUCAACGCCACCAUGGAGUCCACGGCGGCGACGACUCAAAGCAGGACGUCCUACGUGCCGGGCGAGAUCCUCUGGGGCUACGAGUUCAAGCCGGUGAUUUUCGCCACGGCCGGCGGGAGAUACGUGGCAGACUUCAACUUCUUUGACAAGGUUCAGGUCAGCAGCGACGCCGCGUUCCUCAACAACGCGGAAAAGCUGAAGCUGGAGGAGAACUACAAGAAGGAGUAGCUGGCUGCGUUUAUUCGGGUCUGCUGGAAGCGGGGAAAUGUUACGCUCGGGUUUGGGACUCUUGCUGCAGGCUGAGGACUCCUCAUCCAAAGUCCAAUAAAUAAAUGUUUUGAAAAUGUCUACUUUUAUGAAAACGAACAUCCAAGCCAUAUCAUUCAACAAA